AUUCAUUGAGCAGUACAUUUUUGAUGUUCAUAUUUUAAAAAUUAUGGCUGAAAAAUAUUACAAAUUUAUUGAGUUUAUGAGGUGUGAUUUAUUUGAUGAAGUCAAGCUCAUUCAUUCAACAAAAAAUAUAUGCACAUAUUAUGUACCAGUCACUGUAUACGAUGCUAAGGAUCUAGAAAUGAAUUAGUUAUAUUGGUUCCUGUCCACAAAGGGGCACGGUCUAGAGAAAAGCUACACACAGAAAGGUGAUGUCUGAGCAGGGGACCUUCCCCUGCACAAUGCAGAAAUGCCUACUCACCCCACUGUCCCCCAUUGCCAUAAAAGGAUGAGUAGAAGUUGGCCAAAGAGAAAUGGGUAUUCCGAGCAGGCAGAACAGCAUGUGCACAGAUGUGAAUUUUGAAAGUCACUGUGCACUCAGAGAACAGAGAGUGUUUAAUGUGGCCGGAGUCCAGGUUGCACUGGAAAGGAUGGCAGGAGAUGAAACUGCAGAGUAAACUACAGUAUACUUAGUUCACCACAGUCAACUAAGGCUUGAUUGUGACGUGUUUGCAUGCCUUCUACUGAGCGUGAAUUUUACACGAGAAGCCAAGAGCUAGUCUUCAAAGACAUCCCUCCCAUACAAACACAACUGAUGCCUUUGUUUGUCCCCUCCCACAAGGAAUCUCGAUUGGCCCUAUGGAACCAACAGAAUUCGGUGCAAGUGACACUGUAUGACUUCUGAGACCGUUGCAGCUUAUGCCUUGAUUUCUUGGAACACUUGUUCUAGGGAAAGUCAGUCAUCACGUAAGAAGUUCCACUAUCCUGAGUCCACCAUAUUGUGAGGAAGCACAGCAUAAGAGAGACCACGUGGAGAGAGCUGUUCAUCAGCCCAGUCAAGCCUUCAGACGACUCCAGCUUCAGCUGACAUCUGACCACAAUGCAUGAGAAGCCCCAAUGGAGAGCAGACUAGCUGUGUGUUGAACAUGGUCAAAAUACAGAACUGUGAGAGGGAGAAAAACACUUUUGCUCUACAUUAUAUUUUGAGUCACUACAUUGUGGGUGGUUUGUUACACAGUACUAGAUAAUUAGAAUAGACAUCUUGGAAUAGCAGUGUGACAUAAAGAGUUUGAGUUUGUUUUUGGAAACAUAGUCUGGAGACAGACUGGAGGGUGGGCUGAAGAAGGCAGAAGCUGAAGGGACGAAGAAAUGUUAGGAGGCCUUUAUAGGGGGAUAAGCGAAUGUCAAUGGGAAUGGAAAGGAGAGGCUGGAACCAGAGAUACUAAUCUACAGAUUCUAGAGGCAGAUCGACAGGAUAUAGAGAUCUCAGGCCACAACGCAGGUCUAGUCAAUUAGAAUCUGCAUUUUAACACGAUCCCCAGGUGAUCACAGCUUUCAACCCUCGCAACGACCAGGAAAGAUAGGCAUUACUGUUCCCAUCUUUACCUAGUGAUGAGACAGAGGCUCAAAGAAGUUGCUUGAGAUAGCCGAGCUGAUUACUAGCUGAGCCGAGAUUCAAUCCCAGAAUUUCCUGAGUCCAAUAUUCUUUUCAAGAGGUAGAAAAGUAAUUUCACAGGAAUUCCUACUUUCACUCUAUUCAGGAGGAUUAUUUCAGAAGCCGGAACAUCUCCAACGAACAAUCACAGGUCUGAAUUUGCAGUGCCGCCAGCUAUGAGCUUGUGACAGUGGUGGACGAAUCUCUUUCUGAGCUCUUAGCGGCUCCGCAAGAAACGACAUUGACAGAGUCCGAACUUCACUUCCCAGCAAGCCCCGCGGCCUCCCAUCGCGAGAGGCAUGACGGGCAUCCUGCCCCACUCUGUUUUCCCGUGGAGCUACCCGGCAGACGCGGGACACGUGACAGCCUGACGUAAGGGCGCGCGGCAUCCUGGGAUGUGUAGUCUGGCCCGGAGUGGGACGCCCCCUCGGAUGAAUGGGGCCCGAGCUGACUGCGAGCUACACCCUUCAGCCGGCAGCGUUGGUGGCGGCCGCCGGGGAAGGGGAAAUCGCGGCGGCCCGAGGAGAGAGCAGCGCCCCAGGACAGUGGCGAUGUUCUGUGCAGCAGCCCGGCUUCCUGGGGUAGCGGUCUAGGCGGGCGCUUCCUCUACGCGCUCGCUCCCCUUCCCCUGCACCGGCCAUGCGCCCGGCCAUCGCGGUGGGCCUGGUGUUCGCAGGCUGCUGCAGUAACGUGAUCUUCCUAGAGCUCCUGGCCCGGAAGCAUCCAGGAUGCGGGAACAUUGUGACAUUUGCGCAAUUUUUAUUUAUCGCUGUGGAAGGCUUCCUCUUUGAAGCUGAUCUGGGAAGGAAGCGGCCAGCUAUCCCAAUAAGGUACUACGCUGUGAUGGUAACCAUGUUCUUCACGGUCAGCGUGGUGAACAACUAUGCGCUGAAUCUCAACAUCGCCAUGCCCCUGCAUAUGAUAUUUCGAUCUGGUUCUCUGAUUGCCAACAUGAUUCUAGGAAUUAUCAUUUUGAAGAAAAGAUACAGUAUAUUCAAAUAUACCUCCAUUGCCCUGGUGUCUGUGGGGAUAUUUAUUUGCACUUUCAUGUCAGCAAAGCAGGUGACUUCCCAGUCCAGCUCGAGUGAGAAUGACGGAUUCCAGGCCUUUGCAUGGUGGUUACUAGGUAUUGGCGCACUCACUUUUGCUCUUCUGAUGUCAGCGAGGAUGGGUAUUUUCCAGGAGACUCUAUACAAACAAUUUGGGAAACACUCCAAGGAGGCUUUGUUUUAUAAUCACGCCCUUCCACUUCCUGGUUUCAUCUUCUUGGCUUCUGAUAUUUAUGACCAUGCAGUUCUGUUCAAUAAGUCUGAACUCUAUCAAGUUCCAGUCGUUGGUGUGACAGUGCCCAUCAUGUGGUUCUACCUCCUCAUGAAUGUCUUCACUCAGUACGUGUGCAUCCGGGGUGUCUUCAUCCUCACCACAGAAUGCGCCUCCCUCACCGUCACUCUCGUCGUGACUCUACGCAAGUUUGUGAGCCUCAUCUUUUCCAUCCUGUACUUCCAGAACCCUUUCACUCUGUGGCACUGGCUGGGCACCUUGUUUGUCUUCAUUGGGACCCUGAUGUACACAGAGGUGUGGAACAACCUAGGGACCACAAAAAGCCAGCCUCAGAAGGAGGACAAGAAGAACUGAGGUCUCCCUGGAAUAGAGAGACGAGUGUCAUUGUCGUGAGCGAGGGUCUGGCCACCAUUUCUCUCCUAUUAAUGCUGACUUACCCCCCAGUGUUGAACCAGCCAGGUACUAGAGAAACCUCAGGAGGAGGGGACUUCUCAGAUUUCUCAUAGCUCUACAGACCAACAUUGGUGGACUCCCAAUAGAAACUCAACCCUGAAAGAGAAAAAAGAAGUCUCUACUGCUGAGCAGCCUGUUCACUUGUUAUGUCUGUCUUGUUUACCGAACUAUUCAAUACUGCACUUGUUUGUUGAAUUCUGAGCUCCCAGCACUGCUAGUUUUAUAUCCGUGGUCUCGGAAAAGAUUAGCCCUUUUGUUGCUGUUCUGAUGAUUCUCUGCCGUAGCAGUCAUUAUCUUCCUGUGACCUUGUCCCUUUGUCCUGUCAGCUUUCCACUCCACAGCAGCGCUUCGCAGUCAGUUGGACGCUCCAGGCGUCAUCGUCAGGAACGACUGAGUGGCCAGGUGAACUGAGACACCGGUGAUGUUGGGGUUGGACUUUCUCCAGCUUGUUCGGAAAGAAGCAGUGGUCUCUGUGAGCCGAGCCCUGGUGACACUGGAGCAAGACUGGUGGGAACUCUUUCCCACAUUUUGCUUUUUUCUUUUCCUAUGCAAAAGUCAUAUGCUUUCACAUCUGCUGUUCCCUGUGCUUAGAACAAACCUGCAGCAUAUCUCUAUGCAGUGUUAAUAAGGAGCAAAGGCUGUGUGUGAAUUGGGAAAGAGAGACUUUUUCCCUCCGUCUUCUACAUGAAGCCUCUGAGCCUAGAGCUGAGCUGAUGACGCCAGGAUGGCCCCGGAGAAGCUGGCCCUGGUGGGUCCCCAGAGAGCCACACCUUCCCCCUUGGACCCAGCCGGGCACUCGCAGGGCUGGCUCCAGGUCGGGAGGUUAAGUCUUCGGCUUCUUAACCAAGGAGAUUCAGCUCCGAGUGGCAGCUCUGAUAGAUUCAUGACCAGCCAGGCUAAUGAGGGGAGUAAUAGGUACAGUGGGUGUGAGUGUGGUGUAGCAAUCAAGUCAAAUCACAACUAAAAUGGGAAGUUUUUCUUUUUUUCCUAUAGGUUUCUUACUAUUCUUGAAUGGGUAUUUGUGGGGGUAGGGGGUUGUAUGUGUUUUAUUAUUCAUAGAAACAUGCCCCCCUUUUGCUCAUCAUUUCAAAGGUCUGGUUUUUCUCCCAUGGGAUACUUUUGAGAAAGAGGACCGAUGUCAGUGUAGUGUGUGUAGGUGUGUGUGCUCUCGUGUCAUUUGUGUGUGAUCAUUCUGGAGAAGAGCAUGAAAAUCAGGUUUCUCUUUCCUCUCUUUUCACUCAGCUCUGGGCCUUUGUUAACGUCACACAAGUACCUGCUGUUUGGUAGGCAGUUAAUUAACAGCCACUCUCUCUUUGCACACAGACAAAGGCCCUUCUCUUUGUGCUGGGUGCAGAUUGCCAUCUUAAAUCGAGCCAUGGCUUCCAGGUCCCCGGUUUGGUUUUUGGGGGGCGGUACUAUUUCUCCAUCUAAGUCACAGGGUUUUUAGACCAAUUUGUUGUUCUGGAUGUUGACAGCUUUCCAGUGCCCGUAAGGGUCUACCCUAAAAGAUGCUGAAUUAGGUGUGAACCCAUUCACGGAAUCAAAAGGUACUUUCUGUGAAGUAUGUGGAGCUCCUCAGACUGAUGGUGCUAGAAAUAACGUGUGUUAAAUACCCCCUUAAAAACAAAAACAACAAAAGCUACUUUUCUUAUGGCUUAAUAGAAGAAUCUGUCCCUACGGGCUGUUUGAUUGCUACAUAUCUGAGGUCUUCACAGGAUAAUUCUUAAUAGGAUAGAGCCUUACAUAACAUAGUUAUCACUCUUUUUAUGUUGAUGGGAAAUAUUAGAAUUUUUAGUAAUUGAAAUAUGUCGAUGUACACAGUCAGCAUUUUCUUGGUCCAUUAGAUUUCAGAUUCUGGUUUUAGAGAGUGUGUGUUCCUCUAAGUCUGAACGCCUCUGCUGGUCUUACUAACAAGAGGUUAUGUAUGGACAGAGUAGGGCACUCAUACAAUGAAAUGAACCCCUGUGAGAACAGAAUGUCUUAUAUGCCCUGGGAAUUGAUUCUUCUCUCUAGUGGUAGGAUAUAAGUAAAUAUGUCUAAUGGAUAAUAGUUAAUACUUUUUUCAACUACUUUUUUUAACCAUUUAUUCCCCUUGAAUAACUGGUUUUUUGAUCCAGGUUGAAACUGAUUUCAACCUUUAUUAAAGGGGCAAAUAAACCCUUUUGUCAGGAUUAGACUCAUACAUAACUGGAGGAGAAAUGUCUAUUAAAUGCCUCUCCUUUUUCUCUGGAUCAAGACCAUGUAACUUUGUGCCCCAGAGAGAGAAGAUAUAGUUUGUUUACAAAAGAGAUUGAUGUUUAAGACAUCCAAACUCUACCCUUAGAGCAAAGAUCGAAUACCAGAUGACACUAGCCACAAAAUGUAGUGUGUGUGCGCGCGUGUGUGUGCCCCUUGUGCCCAGCUUGACCAGUGUCAUUGAUAAGGUAACAGGAGAAAACAGUGGAUAUUUGAAUUGUAUUAAUUUCAUUUCUACAUAUACUUUAUCACAAUUCUUUUGUCACAUUAUAAGUGCUAGCUUUUUCAUUUUUUAUUAGUAAUUUAUUUUUGAUCCUUUAUUUUCUUUUUCAUCUAGCUAAAACAACCAUUAAUGCACUUGACAAGUUUCUGUCAAGCUCUAAAGUAUUUAGACCCAAUCCAAAUAGUUUUUUUUCCCUUCUUCCUGCCCAGUUAUCCAAAAUGGAAUGCUACCGUACUUUAAUUUGGUCAGUGGGACAAGUGAAGAUAAGCCAUGAAAGUGGAGUUGAUCUGUGCCACUCCCAGCAAACCUCUUCUAUUCUGGGAAGAUCAUCUGACAUUGUUAAAGGAUUCUAAUGUCUUGUGGUCAUUUCCUAGGCAUGUUUCCUCCCUUCUGCCCUAUUUUUUCACUUCCUAACCCCGCCCUGCACUGUCUUCACUGCAGCCUCCCUUCACUCCUGUAGUUUUCUCCUUGCGACACCGAUAAUCUUGUAUCUGUUUAUGCCUCUAUUCUUUGGGGCUCUGGAUAUUUUUGUGGAUUUUUACAGGAUAUUUUUACCUGUGUAGCAUGUAUUUUAUUAUACAUUGUUUUAAACAUUGAUAUUAGGAGUGUGUGUCUAUAAGGAUGAGAAUAUCUGGCAGAGUAUGUAAAUAUAUGUGUAGAUGAGUAUGAACAUGAUGGAUUGAUGUAAAAAUAUUUAUAUAUUCUGUUACAGCUCAAAGUGGGACUAAGAAUCUUUACCACUGGUCCCUUGUAUAUUUGGAAAGCAAUAGUUUUCUUAUUUUGCUCUUUUUACCUUACCUCUAGCCAACUUCACUCAACAGUACCAAAUGCCUAUGGUGAGGGGGAGUGGGAAGCACGAGGUCAGGAAUAAUUCUAAACCAAUGAGUUAGCUCUGGGCUGGUGGGCAUACUCCUCGGUGGGCCAUCCAACAUAUUGGAAAAUGUCGCAAAGACCUGAGCAGAUAGACAAUUACACAUCGAAAAGAACCGCAUCAUCAAGAUCUGAAAUCAGGAGCCUACGUUUGUUGUAAUUUGUUUCUCUUUGGCUUGGAGUAAAUGAAAUUAUGAGUAAUUGUGCCCUUAUUAGAUAAACAGAGCAUCUUAGUCUCAAUAGCUUUAUCCUAAAAAAUGUGAGUGGAACUUACCUGUGGCAGUUCACUCUUAGGCUGAAAAGAACUGUCAAUAUAGAAAAAAUCUAUUAUUACUGAUUGGCGUGACAUCUGAAAAUGAGUAUAAACAAUAUUUGUGAGUAAAAGAACUAGCCAUAAGUAUUGGGAUAUGUUCAGUACAUCCCAAGCUGGGGUGGGAGACUGUAUGUGUUCUCUCUUUCCAGCAGCUUCCUCACAGGAGACACUGCAGAGAAGGGAGGGACCCGGGAUCAUGUCUUAGUUCUGUAUUACCAGCCCCAGCACAGUGUCUGACUUGCGUCUCAUGAAUAAAUGAAUGGCUCCCAAGAUCUCUUAUUCCUUCAAGUUUCUGAGAAAGCUUCUAAUGGUUCCUGAUAUCUCUUCUCACUUUUCAUCAGCUGGUUGGCAAGAAAGCAGAUAAGAGGAAACAUUCCUAAGAUUCCAAGCCAGAGAAGGAAUAGAGGACAGACAUCUAGGAUUGCUUGGGUCUGCAGCUUUUUGCUCUCUGAUUGCCUGAUGGUAGGGGAAAAAGCAUUAUAUAUUUAGCACUUCACAUCAUUGGUGCUCAGUGCAAGGAGAGGCCUAUCAGGGCAGCAUUAAAGAUUCCUAAACGUGUUUGAGGUAGGCUGCCUGGGGUGACCCCUACAUCUCCGUGGCGGGUGUCGUUGGUUUGUAUCGCCUGAUGUCUGGAGUUCACCGUCUCUUAGUGUCAUACUGAGACACUUCCCCUGAACUUUACCUACUUAAAUCGCUGACCAUCCUGCCAAAUGUCCUCAAUGUUAAUCACAUAAGGCAAGCUGCAAGGGUACCAGAGAUAGCUGGUGGGGGAAGCGUGGUCUAUGCCAGAAGAAAUAAGACCCAUAGUUUUUAAGGAAAAAGUUGUAAUGAUUCCUUGGCACGUUGAAUUAUUUGUAUCUUGAGAUGUAAAGAAGACUCCUGUGAACGAACGAGAGAAGCAGUAGUUAUUCCCCAGCGCAAUAAAAAUGUCUUUGUGUAUCACUUGCAAUCACAAGUCA